UCCAAAUUAACAGAAACAGGAACAUACUAAACAACACAGACACAGAAACGGGUAAUAAGAGUAAAUAUGUCGGCGCUGAGUAGUAAGACUGAGCAGGAGAUAAGCGAGCUGCUCGAUGAAUACGGGAUCAAACACGGUCCUGUGGUCGGCUCCACCAGAAGUCUGUAUGAGAAGAAGCUAAGAGAAGCCAUGGCUAAAGGGAAGAGAGCUAAACCAGCAUCUGACAAAACCUACUACAGAGAAGAGGAGGAGGAAGUCACCUUCAUUCACAGGACACCUGUCAGGAGUGACGGUUCAGGAGACCGGCCUUACAUGAGGUCAAGACCGGAGUGGAACGAGAGGGAAUAUGAGCAUGAGGCGUCCUACUCAGGCUCCUACUCAGACUCCUACUCAGACUCCUACUCAAGGUCGAAGCCUGAAUACAGAGGAAGGGAUUUUGUUGAUGAACCCUACGAGUACGACACACCGUCCUCUUACAAACACACCCAUUUGAAAUCAACGCCCUUGAGAUCUGGUCAAGAUGCUCCGAAGGCUGCCGAGUCGUCUCGUCUCAUCCCACUUUGGGUUCAGUUUGUGUUCUUCCUGGCUGUGGCAGUUUUACUCUACAUUGUUUUCGCCAAUAUGGAGUCAAACGAAUACGUGAAAGGAAUAGAAUGAUUUCUUUUUCAUUUCAUGCAGUUUAAAGGGCAGUUUUACUUUAAUAUUGAUUUUAAUGAAAGAAUGUAAUUUGGUCAAUGCCUUUAUUUUAGACAUUUCUGAAAUUUUGGGUUAUGAUAUUUUUGUGCACUAUAUUUACAGUUCAUUCGCUUAUUAAUAAUUUAAGGUCAAACACAUAAUCAUCAACCACAUUUAGAAUAGCACCACUACUAGAAUAUAUGAAGACGCAACUUUAAAAAGGACAGUACAGUCAAAAACUCACACUAUUACUUACUCUUACCAGAGGUGCUCUGAUCUGUUGAGGUUUGGAGGUAUCCAGAUCUCACUCCUGCAGCUAUCUAAAUUUAAUACUACAGCUCUCAUAUGAGCAAUUUUAAGUGGAUUGCCAUAAUUCAUCGUCUCAUUCAUUAAAACAUUAGGAUGUUGAUUGUGGUUUUAAUUUUUGGCAAAAAAACACCAUUCAACUAAUUUUUACUGUGGUGAGCUUCAGACAGUUAUAUCUAAGUCUCUGCAAGUCAGUUUUUGACCCGUAUCAUACAAUUCAUGAUAGGGAUAUGUCCUUUAAUUUACAACAAAAUUGGACAACAUUGAUAUAUGGACAGAUGUUUAAAUUUGUGAUAUUUAUCUAACUUUUACUACUAAAGACAUUAAACAGAAUCCAUGUCCAUAUCUUAAAGUGUGUAUACUUAUAACAGAUUGUUUCAGAAUCUCAAAAUGUUCUUAUUUUCCGUGUUGUAGUAAAGUAAGGUUGUCAAACAUUAUUAAUUCAUGUAUAUUCUUAAAAUGAAGACCAAAUCCUGUACUUUAUAUAAGCUUUAAGAAGGACAGUGCUUCCUGUUUAUGGUUGUCAGGAAGGCUUAUGUAUUCUAGUACCAUAACACAAGUGCCUCAGUGGUUUUGUAAGAACAAUUUGGAUGCAACUUAAUAUUUAUUUGGUGUCUAAUCAGCAGCUGGAGAAAUGGUUUGUAUCCUGAGUAAAAAUAAACGAAACUGCACCACUUUUUUAUGAGCUGUAAUACCGAUAUGUUCAUCUGUGUUACAGAAGGAUUAAUUCAUAUAUCAGACAGUUGCACCACAUCAUUCAACAUUUUCAUCCUGUAGAGUUUGAUGUGAUUUUUUUGUACUGUUGUUUCAUAAUACAAAAUAUAAAAAGAGCUCGUAUAUGUAAAUGU